AUGCCUCAGCAACCGCCGGGCAAACAGCGAUCGGCCAACGCCUGCAACACCUGUCGGCGUCGCAAGGUGAAAUGCUCAGGCGAGCAGCCAUGUCGCAACUGCGUCAGGAAUAAGCUUGACUGUGAAUUUGGCGCGGGGCGACAGCGAUACUCCGAAGCAUAUGUCCAAGAAUUGAGGGCAACAGUCACACGAUAUGAGUCUCAAAUAAGAGAGCUCAAGUCAUCAACACCAGCCCCAGCCCCGGGCGGUGUUUCAGUGGCUUUGGAGAACACUCUGGGCAUUGCACCCACAGAACCAACAGGCGAAGUACCACCGCCACCAAGUUAUUCCUCAAUAGAACGCGCACCUGGCCCCUUGUUCGAGCAGCGCGUCCGAAAUUUGUUCCAUGAGAACUCCGGUAGAGACACAGGAUCCCCAGAACAAGACUCACCAGAGAUGCGCACAACGCAUGAUGAGCAGCAAGACGCACCUUUCACACCAGAAUGGACUUCAACAGAAGAGUUGAUCAGAGGCAUCCCGCCUCAAAUUAUGCCGGGGGAGGCAGAGUCGAAUCGUCUACUGGGACUGUUUAAUGACUACAUGAGCGGCAACCAACAUUUCAUCGACCAGAGGACCUUUGCAGACAACUUGACAUUAUUAUUCCAGAACCAGGCUACUCGAGCGAAACAGAUGAAGACUCCUUGGUUCACGCUCUACUUGCUGGUGAUGGCGAUGGGCAAGUUGAUGGAGGCCGAUAGGAGGAUCUACGAUGGCCCGCCAGGAGCUUUCUAUUUCGCGGAAGCUAUGAAGAGGUUUCCGCCUCUCCACAGUAUCAGCGAGUACGGCAUUGUGGGAGUUGAGAUAUUAUGUCUUGCGACAACAUAUUUGCAAUGGUGUGACAGGAAGAAGGACUCAUACUUCUUUGUCGGCACUGCUGUACGACUUGCUCUGACAUUGGGCUGCAACCUGCCGUUCGCUGAGCAGCAAUGUUUGCCUUCAGAAAGAGCCCACCGCACAAGGAUAUGGUGGACUGCGUACAUGCUUGACCAACGCAUAUCAGCAGGGCUGGGAUUGCCAGCAUCUGUUGAUGACCGCCAAAUUACGUUCGACCUUCCGGGACCAUCGCCCGGAUUCGAGUCGCCAGAGGCACUGAACAUCAACGUUCGGAUUGCUCGCGCCACUUCAGAGAUCAUGACUUCAUUGUAUAGCAAUGGUGGCCUAUCUCAGGGUGAUCUCAUAAAGAAGAUGCGCAACGUUCUUCAGUCAUUAUACGACACGGGCCGAUCUAUUCCACUAAACAUUGCAAUCGACUUCAAGAGCAAGGAGCUUGAGGUCACAAGAUCCGGUUCUUCGCUGUAUUUGAGGUUGUUCUCGGCAAUCAUCCUCUGCAUUCGACCGAUACUACUCCAGAAAGUCAAGGAUAAGGUGCAAGAUACCCAGAAGCAAAUCGUCACACCAGCAAUCUCUCAGCUGUGUUUGCUUUGCAACGAGGCAGCAUUGAGGACCAUCCGCAUUCUGUAUGCCAUGAAGAAGCAAGACGAGAUUGCCCCUUUCGCAUUCUUCGAUUUAGACGCAGCAUUCUCAGCAGCAUUCGUGCUCAUCAUGCGAGGAUUCGCCCACAAGAACGACAGCCAAAAACCACCCCCUCAGGAAUUACAUCAAGCUGUGGAAGUCCUAGAGUAUCUCUCUGCAGCGGGUAAUAAUGCGGCUUCGCAUCGUUUAAAAGAGAUCAAGCAGCUAGAAGCACAUGUGUGGGGAUCGAGGUACUUCCCACCCGAAAAGGAUGGUGACGUGCAGAUGAAAGAUUCUGGAACACCCCACGGGGAACCCCACGCGGGAGGAUCCGGGGCUCAGGGAACUCCGGGGCAGUCUGGCGAGGGGUCGGGCUCGCAGGUCGUCUUAUCGCCGCCCGACCCGAGUCCCUCGACUCAGCCGUCGUGGGAUGGCGAGAUGUUUGGCACCGAGUCGGCCGAGUCGUAUGACCCCGACCAGCUGUUCGGCCUGGAUUUGAACGGAAGUCUGGGACAGGAGUUCAGCUUGGAAGCCGAGGGUAUCUACGCCAGUUUCAACGACCCGACGCUUCCGCUUACCGGAGUCGAUCAGCUGGACUGGGCCGAGCUGGAGAAGAUGAUGGCACCUGGUGGAUACGGAUCAUGA